CGCCGGACCACCUGCAACCAGCCCAGUUGCCUCUCUGCUUACUACAGUACUAAGGAUUCCCUCUCCUCUCACAACCGAACCGUCGCCAUGAACCCAGCAUUGAACCCAGACACUCCCCCGCCACCGCCCCCGAAGCCCAGCAGCCACGAGGCCAGUCGGCGAGGCACCCCUCAGCUCAACCCACCUGUACCAGGGCCGCCACAGCAAUUCGCCGAAGGGCAAUAUGCACCGGAUCGAUUCGGCAUGCAACCAGCCAACAACAGAUAUUCAUCUCCGGGGACGCUCAACCCGAGCCCCCAGAACGCGCUGCCCAAGCCCCCCACGAUCGAAGAAGGCUGGCUCCCAAGCGGUGUGAAAGAGAAAACGACGGUGGACCUCCAAACCAUCCUCAAAGACCCCGGUCUCAUCUCCGCCCUCUCCAGCCACCACCCAUCCUACACGGCACACCAAGAGAACCUCCAAUCGCUGCUCCAGUACAACAAGGACCUAGCGAACCGGCUCCUCGAGUUCCAGGCCCAUGUGAAAGACCUGCGCUCCUCCACCGAAACCCUCCUCCUCACGCACCAGUCGUUGGAGGUCUCUUGGCGGAAGAAGCAGUCCGAGAUGGACACCGCGCUGGCCCCCUGGUCGCCGAAGGCUUUGUAUCAGCGACUCGCUGCUUCCAUCGCGGAGCAGGAGGCGGUCUGUCAGGCGGUGGAGGAGAGCUUUCUGGAGGGGGAACAUCAUGGACGGGCGACUGAGAAGGAGGUCGCGGAUUGGAUUAGACGCGUCAGAGCGGAGUCUGGCAAGUUGGCGGCAAGACGAGAGGCCAAGGCGAGGUGGGAUGAGGGUAGAGUGGGAGGGUGGAGGUGAUGUACGGGUGGAAUCGCUUAUUCAUUAUACUGCAUAUCGCUGAACUCGCAACGCGAUAAGGGAAGCUGA